GCUGCGCACGGUUGAGGCCUUAUAUCGUUGUAUUCUUGAGUUGCUGUCUCAUAAAUUUAAUAUCAAAAAAUUCUUAACAUAUUUUCCUACUAUACUUGUGUCUAAACAUACCUUCAAAUAUUCAUUAAAGCCUCAUACGACCUGAAAACUCCCAGCUUUAAAUGAUUUCGUUUGUUGACGUAGCCAUGUUAGGUAGCCGGUCAGUCCUGCAGCUAAGUUUGGAUAAGGUAAAUGGAGUAAUCAAUAGUCAAAAUAAGAAUGAGAGGAACAGUAUAACAAUAAAACAUGCAGCCAGCAUUUAAUCAAAUGAGAGGUUGUAUUUCUAAAUAAGAUAGUUGAUAUCAAAGGAAAUUAGUGAAACCUUUGUAACAUCAAUUUAUUUGUCAUUAGCUUUCUGUGGUUUCAAAAUUAAUCGUACACAGGACAUGCUUACCCGUAUCGAAUCAGUUGAGAUACAUAAACAUCAAAUGCUGGUGGUAAAUGGAUAAGAGGUAAACGACUAUUUACAAAGUGGGUAAAUGUGUGGACGAAGGUUACUAUUAAUGAAUAGAAUUUAUCAUAUUUAGUUGUUUACAUUGUCUCUUUCAUGUUUAUGGAGAAAAAUAUCCAAAAGAAACCAAGGGGAAGUCGCUACCGGAAAUGACGGCUGUUAGUAAAACUAUAUUUUUGUCGAUCAAUAUUUGCUUUAAUGAUGAAUGCAUAUUGUAUCUUUUUUUCAUUAUUAAACAUGUACAAAUUUACAUUUAACUUUUCACUGUUUUGGGUUUUUUUCCCCUCACAUACAUAUAAUUGGUUAAUGACGCAAUAAAUGUUUCUUUGAUUUGAGUUUUUCCCUCACAAAGUGUUGGGUAUGGUGCUAUUUAGUUUAUUCAGACUUUUAUGUUCCCCGAAAAAAUUCGGGGGAAAAAAUAGUCGCCGUUAGGUACAUCUUAGCUCGUAUCAUCAGAAAUUGAUAUAAUUGAUCACAUAUGUUCCUCUAGACAAGGACGUUUGAACCAAGGUCAUUUGGAAAGGUCAAGAUCAUUCAACGUAUAAAAAUUAAUUCAACGUUUUGUGAUAUAAAAGUUCCUAUUUCCUAAAUCUUUCAUCAAAAAUUGAUCACAAAUAUUGCAUGAGAUGGGGGCGUUUGAACCAAGGUCAUUUUGGAAAGAUCAAGGUCACUCGGAAUAUUUACUUUAUAUGAGGAAAAAUGCCUUACUUCAACAAAUUUUGAACAGGUAUUGAAGUAAUAGGGAAAUAAAUUUCAGACAAGGUCAUUUUGUAAACAUGAACGUCACUCACAAUGUAUGAAAAUACACCCUUCAUUUCACCAAUAUUUCAACAAUUAUUGAUCAUUAUGUCAGUCCUUCUAUGAAAUAGUUCAUCGGUUAGAUGUAUUUCCUGGAGCAUCCAUAGUUUUACUGAAAUUCUAGUUAGAGUCUAUUGUUGUAAGUUGAAGAUUUUGUAUAAGUCCGUUAUGCACCAAUGAAGGAGUCGUUGAUGACUUGAUUGCGUAACACAACUCAAAUGCUUUUUAUUCGCAAAGUAUAAAAAGGAAGUAAAAAUUGACAACUCAAUGUGUAAAGAAUAAAACAUAAAUGUAUUCUAUGAGUCUGUAAUCCUUUAAAUUUGAUACGCCAUGAUACUUUGUCGUUUAAACGGAACAGUUGGGUUCUUUAAAACGUUUGUUUUGCUGUUUUCCGUCACACUCAACAAUGUUUCAGUUAUCUGGUGGCGCCCAGUUUUUAUUGGUGGAAGAGAGAACACAGAUACAAUGUGACUGGGAAGAGACCACCGACCUUCCGAAAGUAAACUGGGAAACGUUCUCAUUUACCGGCGCGAGUGAGAUUUGAACCCGCGCCGACCAGAGGUGAGAGGCCGUGUGAUUUUGAGCUACGAUGCUCUAACCACUAGGCCACGGAGGCCUAACAUAUCACUCUUAAUAAUGUAACAUUGCUACAUAACGAUGGGAAGUUAACGACCAAGGAGAUAUUCUGUAUAAAGUAUAAAGUUGAGCUGUUGCAUCGCCAUUAACGUCUUUGUUCACAAUGAAAUCAUCACCAGCAGUAUAUUAGAAUAUAUUUUAUUUCAAAUGAUGAAAGCAUGGAAAGAUAUCGAAUUCAAUGUAUUUUUAAUAUCCCGUGGUUCUCAAUCAUUGUACAUUACUCCUGUUCCUUUAGUAGGUCGUAUUGCCGCUUGAUUGACACAAUUACUUAAUUAUACAAACGUAGCAAUCUUUUAGAAAUAAUUUUACAUGACUUCAAGGAGACGCGAAGCGGAUUCUACAGCAAACACAUUGUCAAUGGUUAACCCAUAGACAUCCCUAGGCAACUAAAUUAAAAGAAGAAUACUUGCCCGAAGGAUUUAAUUAACAUAUGCAUAUUAUUCCAAAUGUGGAAUACAUCAGCAUUUCUAAAAGUGGACCAGCGAUGUCUAAUUACUUGUGGGAGUACGUAUCUGUUUCAAUUUGAAUCAAAAUACUAAGCCCCUCCUAAAAGUACAAACACAGAAUCACUAUCACAACAGGCAUGGUGGUGUUGACCCAAGAAGACAAAUUAAAUUUGCUUUCAGCUAUGAAAUGAGAAUAAUUUUGGCAUGUAUAUUUGUUUUGUGAAAGAAACAACAGAUAUUUAGUUCCAAUUGAUUACAUUACAUAGUGUCUUAAAGGUAGACAGGUCAAUGACAUGAAAAAAUAGUUGAAAAUGAUUUUCUUUUUCAUACAUGGUAGUAUCGUAGUUUAGGGGACCUGCAAUACAAAUACAUGUUUGUCCAAAAAGUGUGGGGGGUUUGUCACUGAAGGAUGUUAUGGAAAUGGUAUUGUCCCUGAAAAAUCUUAAAUUGAUUAAAGAACCUUAGUCGUGUUAAGGAGGUAUGCUACACCCGGGAAAUUUGAAAUUUUAAAGUUAAAAACUUUCAAAUUUACUUUAUUUAGUCAAAAAAUGCAGAUUUAGUGGUGUAGAAAGCAAUCGGAUUUUAAAAAAAAAAAAAAAAAAAAACACCCUGGUGGACUCGAACCCGCAAUCUACAGUUCAGUAGUCGACGUGCUUUUUUCUUCUCUUUUAGUAGUUGACGUGCUAACCUACUGAGCUACUCGGCUAGGUGAUGAGUUUUGAAAUGAAUAGGCAAAUAUUGCUGAUAAUUAUAUUUUCAUACAUGUUUUAAAAGGAAGUCAGACGAUGAAAAGUACCUCCUUAAACUUACAUAAAAAGUAAACGACAAACCUUCACUUUAAUCUAUUCUUACCAGAGUUUAUUUUACCAGAAACUCUCAUCUUAAACAAUGGAUAUAUUCUUACCAGAGUUUAUUUUACCAGAAACUCUCAUCUUAAACAAUGGAUAUAGUUCCACUCUCCGGUGACAUGAUGUUUUGCGAGAUCAAUGCUUAUUUAGAUUUAUGCAUGAUAUUACCAUAAAUUUUGUUGGAGUCUUUUCCAAUGGUUAUUAUAAAAAAAAAAUCUUUUUAAACAUAAACUAUUUCAAAAGUCCAUGAUAUAUAUAAAUAUGUUUCAAAAUAUUAAAUCCAUGGGCAAUAACUCUGUUUUCAUUGAAUCCUUUAUCCCGUUUUCAUUAAAAAGCUCGAGGGGUACGUAUUUGUUCAACUCAUCAUUUUGAAUUCCUUAUAGAAGUGAUGAGAUUGAUCAAUGUUCGUUAUCUCCACCUUUACGUACAUGUACAUGAAACUAACUUUCAGACAAACUAAAUCUAAAUGAUUUUGAUGUUAAUCACAUAUCCGUUGUGAAUAUUCUCAGUUGAUUUAAAUGUAAAACUUAUACGGUACCAAUAAAAUGUUCUCUUUAAUUUAUUAGAUUACAGGAUAUGUAAGAAUAUACAUGUAUGUACUUUUUUCUGCAAUGUUUGCGAUCUUCAUCCCCCGUUUAACAAACCAAAUGAAUGCAUUUUAUUACUUAUAAUUUUCUGUAUUUAAAAAAGUACUUUAUGUACACGUAACAGCUGAAAUGAUCAGACUUUGACUUAUCCCCAUAUUUGGACGUUGGUAACGGGAAACAGUCCAAGAAGUACAUACUCUAAACUCAUAAGAUAAUCCCUUAUAAUUAUUGUAGACGUAUAACAUUUACCCGCCACUGGAUUUUACAGGGCUUGAAAUAUGUCUCCUAUUCAGUCUUUUGUACUAUUUUCUAUUAUUUUUUAUAAGGUGAAAUUAAUGAAAUGAUGCAAAUUUUAAGGGUUUUUCGAAAACAUUAAGUUCUCCCAAUAAAGUAAUUCAAGAAAUCAAAAGAUUUUGUCAUUUAUUUAUCCGGGAGUGACAGAAAUUAUUGCUUCUUUUAUCGUUUAGUACAUUUUUCUAAACAAGAUACCACGAUUUACCUAAAAUUUGCUCCCCCCCCCCCCCCUUUAAAUCCGUCAGACUGAACAUAAUGUGUUUUUGACAAGCAAUGAAUUUCAAUAAGAAUUAAGCAGAAAGCACACAGUGAAUGCAAAUAUAAUAAUUCAAAAAUCGUUAUUUUUAGUAUGGAAACAUGUCCCCUGCUGUGGCCUCGUUACCUGAGACAACACGUUUCCUAAUGGUUAUGGAAACUAAUUUUUCGGUCCUCAAGCAAACUCUUCGGAACACGUACUCGGUGAAUGUAACAGCAGUGUGUCUUUGUGCAACACAGAAGAUAACUAAUAGGAUUUUUUGUCCCCUCUAACAUAUUCACUCAACAUUACUUUUUUCAAUAUAAAUCCAUUGUUUUUAUGCAAGCCAAAUAAUCAACUUGAAAUAAGUCGCUGGCUGCUCAAAUAAACUAGCAUAAAAUUGAUACAGAUGUCCUUAGCCUUGAAGUAAGCCUAUUGUACAUGCAGCAGGGGUACAUAACCAUUUUUAUUUCAAUUCCUUUCUUUAACUGAUUUGAAAACCUUAUCAGUCAGAAUAAAGAUGCUAAUAAAACCCAUUAAGUCUGACGAAUGAGUGUUUUUGCUGCAUAUCAUGUAAUUGAUUUACAGAUGAAUUUACCAUUAGACCCAACAUGUACAUAGGUUGACUUCCCGUGCUUGUCAUGAUUUUCAUUUACAAUUCAUCCUGCAGUAAUUGACCUGAUAGUUAUCGAACUGAAAAAUUAAAGUAGUUUGCUAUAUCUUUGGAAUUUAACACAUAUAAUCAACGGAUAAAGCACCACAAAGCUUGUUUAAAUCGGGAAAACAGAGCCCCGCUACAUAUCGUAUCAGAUAUGAUAUCACAGUAUGGAAAACGGCAACGGCUGUAGGCUACAGCACGAAGCCAUCCGUGUGUACAGAACAAAAAGCCACAAAGAACAUUGAAUGUUGAAGUGAAUUUGAAACUACCGGGUGAAGUUCAGUAAGAAAAUGUCUACGUGUGUGCUCGGUGUCUUGUACAGAAUCUUGUUGGCCAUGUGUUGGAUCCUCUCAACAGUAGAUGGACAAGCCUGUCAUCUUUACGAUGAGACUAACACUUUGUUAACAUCGUCUAAUACCUUGUUAACAUUGGAAUGCAGCUUCAUUUGCGGGACGUCUUCCGCGUGUACGAGGUUUCGUAUUUGUCGGGAAUUUCAUCAAGAAAACUGCACUGUUUAUAGGACCGUUUCUAAAAUUAACUGUGGGGAUUCCGCAACAAGCACCGUGUGCAUACUUUUCUCAAAGGAAACAAGCACCGCCGAUCAACACACAACAGCAUCGUCUACUGUUGGACAAACUGACGUGAUGACAACAACAGAAACAACCCUAACAACAGCAGCAGCUAAACCAACAACAGAAGCAUCAACAACUACAACCGAUGUAGCAACAACGACUACAACACCAGCAACUACAACACCAGCAACAACAACAUCCACAACCACAACACCAGCAACAACAACAACACCAGCAACCACAACACCAGCAACAACAACUACAACACCAGCAACAACAACUACAACACCAGCAACAACAACCACAACACCCGCAACAACAACUACACCAGCAACCACAACACCAGCAACAACAACCACAACACCCGCAACAACCACAACACUAGACCCAAUCUGUGUUGCAUUUCCAUCUCUGUGUCAGAACCCAUAGUAUGAAUGAACUAUGUAAAACAGAAUUAGAACAGGACACUGUCAGUUUACAUGUUUUCGCAAUGAUCAUGAAAACAUGAAUUGAAAAUGUUUUCUAUUCAAUGUUUUACAACGCCACUUGAAUUCCCUGUCUGUCUGUCAAAGUUAAGUGGGUAAUAAAUAUCCUUUAGUU